GCUGGUGGCGCUCAAAUGCAGUUCGUGGGAACGGCCAGCAGGAAGUGCACCAAAGGACAUAGGAGUAGCACAGACCGCUCGUAUAAGUACAAUGACGCAAUUGAUAUCGAUGCAGAUCUUGAAGGUAGCGGCGGUGGUGGAAAAGAAGUAUCCCGCGACUUGGUAGAGGCCAGUGGAUCAGGACAUGGUCCUUCGCCUUACGACGACGACGACGAGGACCAUAAUCAUGUUGAAGUAGUGAAGAAGAUAACACCUGUGGAAACAACACAAGUACCAGUGCAGAAGAACUCGAACCAAGAUAUAGUUACGAAAACACAAGACUCCGAAAAUCGAAAACUGCACAAUAGUGGCGGACCAGGAGUUUCAAUUAUGAAUUCAGACCAGAACGACAGACCUCCAUUCUUCAAUCAGCCGGACAUCAUAGCAGCGAUCGUUGGUGGUGCUGUGGUUGGUUUGUUGUGUGCCAUACUAGUGGUAAUGUUUAUUGUAUAUAGAAUGAGGAAGAAGGACGAAGGUUCAUAUGCAUUAGACGAGCCUAAGCGGUCUCCAACGUCCAAUUCGUACAGUAAGGGCAAUAAUAGAGAGUUUUAUGCUUGAACAAAAAAGGUGUAGUUUUUCAUAAUGGACUUACUUGGUGGUCUACUGUUGAAUAAUCGGGUGGAUACGCUAAUGACUGAAUCUCUGCCAUGCUUGUAGUGCAGCUUCAAUAUCGAUAUCAAGUAUAUAAUAAUGAAAUAUACAUACUCAACAAAUCAAGCGCACAUGAAAAUGAUUUUAUUUAUAUGGAAUGUAACAGUUUUAUAUAAUUUUUCUAAAUUAUUUUUUUAUUUUAAAAAUGCUGUUCGGUCUAAUCGCUCAUAACUGCCAUGGUGUGAAUGAUUCAAAUUUUUAAUUCAACAUCACUUUACCAUCACAUGUUCCAUGUUGAAUUGCGUGUAUAUAUCAUACUGAAACUAACUGAAUGUUGUUCGUCCAAUAUACCUUUGGGUAUAUAGUACUAAUAAAGCGAUUAUACUGUCUCAACUGUACAGAACCGUUUAAUGGAAAAAGUAGUCACUUUCUUUUAAAGAUUGGAUGAUUACAAUUGUGACCAUGGCCGAUUAUUGCUACUCCCAAUUUGAAGAAGACUGUGCAAGUGCAUCUCGUGAAUAAAGACUGUGAAAUUUUUUAGUAAUUUUGUUAUCGUCGCCCUUUCAAUCUGAAGUUUGAUUGGCUAAAUCAAUCUCAGGUGAAUUGAGUAAGACUCUUUAAUUCCAAUCUUUAGAAGAUAGAUAAGUAUGUGUAAAGAAUACACAAUUUAAUUGGCUUAAAUUAUAAAAAAAAAAGUAAUAAUUACAUAAGCUAUUUCAUUGCAAUUUUUAUCUUUAAAUCGUACUAUAUGCUCAAACAAAAAAGUACCUAUGUAAUAAAUUGUAACAAAUAAUCGUCGUAUUAUUACUUAUUGUAGAUGAGUUCCAUGUAUCUUCAACACUGUCAAAAAUUUUACACGUGCUCACCUUAAAAUAGCUUUCUUAUUUAUAAUACAUUCCUUACUGCUAAGUAAAAUUUUUUACAAUCAAAUUGCCAGUCGUUGAAAUUUGAUAUUAUGGGGAAAUGUGAGCAGUGCAAAAUUUGGGCAGUUCUUUGGGUUUCAGAGAGAUUUCGGACCAAAUCUCUGGCCUUUGGUAAUUCUGUACUUCCUCUUGUCGAAAAACAUUUCCGUAAUUUACAGCUUUUGGUGUAUAGUAAAUGCUGCCUUUAAAAUUAACCUCUAAGCUCGUAGCAUUUUCUAUCACGACUGUAAUUUUUUAAUGGAUAGUAUACAUAUUUAUUGUUUUAACUAUUUUGUGUUUUAUGGAAUAUAUUUUUAUUAAUCUUGAUAUACCUACUGUUUCACUUUUUUUAUUAUACAAAUGGAAGGUAGAUAACUUCGGAAUUACAUUGUAUAGUAUUAAUAAUUAGAAUAACAUGUUGUAAAUAAAUGCCCACAAAAAGUUG